UUUUGAUUUCUGACAAGUGACAAGUGACACAUAUUUGACAAUUUUGUUCUCUUUUUUCUUUCACAUCAAAAAUGUCGAAGAGAGGACGUGGUGGUUCCGCGGGAGCGAAAUUUAGAAUUUCGCUGGGUUUACCAGUUGGUGCAGUAAUUAACUGCGCAGAUAACACUGGCGCCAAAAAUUUGUAUGUUAUUGCAGUACAAGGUAUCGGAGGCCGAUUGAAUCGGUUACCGGCUGCUGGUUCAGGUGACAUGAUUGUCGCUACAGUUAAAAAGGGCAAGCCAGAACUUAGAAAAAAGGUAAUGCCUGCCGUAGUUAUCAGGCAGAGGAAACCGUUCCGCAGGAAGGAUGGAGUGUUUAUAUACUUUGAAGACAAUGCUGGCGUUAUAGUAAACAACAAGGGUGAAAUGAAAGGCUCCGCUAUCACUGGACCAGUAGCAAAAGAAUGUGCAGACCUUUGGCCCAGGAUAGCUUCAAACGCAAGCAGCAUUGCUUAAAGUUAUAUAUUUAAAAUAUGAAAUUAAAAAUAAGUAUAAUAAACA